AGUUCCCACAGGCUUACCCGUACUCUUCCUCCCAGAACAUACAAUGAAGACUAUGAAAACACAGAAGAUGAAGAUCUUGAAGAAGUUGAGGAAGUCAUGCCAAUUAAAGAGGAAGCUAUGGAAGGGGAUGAGUUGUAUGGCAAAAGCAACAACUUCGCACCUUCCAGAUCGACUCCUCUUCGAGAUGUUGAGGAACAAGCUGGUAAUCUCCAUAUGGAAAAACAUCUGGAAUCUGGUACCCCAGGAAGAACAGAGGUUAGAGGCAGAACUUCAAGAAGGACGAAGGAGACACCCAUUAAAUAUCGGAAGACUUCGCCACCAGUGCAAAAGAGAAAGAGAAAACCGAAACCCAAACAAGAAACGGCCAACAAACCCCAGAAUCAAGAGGAGGAAUUUCCAUGUAAAAAAUGUGGCAGAAUCUUCUACAAGGUGAAAAGUCGGAGCGCUCACAUGAAAAGCCAUGCCGAGCAGGAGAAAAAGGCUGCUGCUCUGAAAUUGCGGGAGGCAGAGGCAGAGGCGGCGGCAGCAGCAGCAGCGGCGGCAGCAGCACAAGCACACAGUAGGACUCAGCACGAAGAAAGCAGCAACAGUGGGAGCAGUCCUGGGAGCAACAGCAGCAGUUCAGAUGAAGACGGCGAUGUUUAGCCCAGGACCUCCAGAGGUUGAGAGCCCAGUUCUGACUGCUCCAGCCUUGCUUCUCCUUCCUUUCCUUCUUGCUUGAACAGUACCGGUAGAUUUUUUUAAAGGAAAAAAAUAUAUAUAGUGACCACAAAAAUCUAUUUUUAAAAAAAAACAUUUUAUGGAUUAUUUUAUUUAUAAAUAACUUUCUGUAUCAACUUAAAGAAUGGAAGUCUGUUUUCCUUCAGCUCCUGAACUUGCCAGGAAUCGUGGCAUAAGCCUUAAAUAUCAUACCUUCUGCUGAGAGAGAAAUUUGUCAAAUGCUCUGGAUAAUAACUGAAUUACUUUGGGUGUAAAUUCAAGGAGCCACAUAGUGUUCUUCAUAUACCUCUUUCUUUCAUCUCCAAGUUUGCUUUCUGGCUUGGAGCUAUUCACAUUUUCUUUUGUCUCCUUCAUACAAGAGUCUUUUGCUUCUCCAGCUGGUAGAUAAACCAGAAUCUGAGUAACCUCUCUAGGGUGAGUGAAGACACUAUUGGUUUUAAGAUAUAGCUCUUUAAGAGUGGAAAUAUUAUACUUCGUAUUUGUUUGGAACUACCCCUAUUACGUUGAGUCAUAUAAAGUUGAUCACAUAUGUUUCCAGAGUUGGCCAAAAGAAUUAGUGAUGAGUUCUGGGAUAUUGUGCCUCUGUAGUUCUGUGGUGGAACAAACAACUUUGCUUGCACAAGAACCCAUGUAUGAUUUUGGGUUAAUGAGAUUGAAGUAGAUUUCUGCCCAAAUUAUUAAAGAGCCACAUUUAUGAGAAGAUGACCUUUUAUCCAUGGCAUUAUUCUCCUGGGAGAUAGCAUUCAUUCAUCAGAGUCCAUUUGCAAUAACCAUUCUUAUUCCAAAUCUGAGCAUGUAGAUCGGGGUGUCAAACUUGCGUCGUAACGUGACAUAUCAUGACUUUCUCCCCCUUCCCUAAACCGGGUGUGGGCGUGGCUAGUGGGUGAUGCCUCUGGCCUGUGGCCGUGAAUUUGACAGCCCUAAUGUAGAUUAAAGAAUCCUUUGGCGCAGAUUUGAGGGGAGGGCAGAAAACCUACUGGAAAUCCAGUAUGAGCGAAAACGGCUGUCAUGAUACUGUAGCCUGAUGGAUUAGAUAACUAAUGGUCCACCAUGAAAGUGCAUUGUUUCUACCUGAAUAGACUUGAGUGUAGUUUUGCUUAAUUGUCCAUUUGAAUACUUCAACUAGCUUAACAAAAAUAGCUGCUAUUUUUUUAAACAGUUACAAUAUUUAUUCCCCCACCCCUUUUUUUUAAGCAUGGUUUGCAAAGGCAGACUGAGUAUACUCAAGAUAAUAGAAAUAAGGAUCAUGUUGCAUUGAUUCAUAUAUAUUUGUACCCUCAGGACAACCCUUCUGUUGAGGUAUUUGCCAUCUAAAUGACAGUGUCAUUUAGAUCAGUGAUGGCGAAACUUUUCGGCACCAAGUGCUGAAAAAGGAGCCCGUGCGCGCUCGUCUGGGCCAUGACCUGGAAGAGGACAUGUGUGAGCGACAAAUAGCUGGCUGGCUGGCAUGCAUGCUCGUGCCAGAAAACACAAGGCCAGCUCUUCAUUUCCAGCACUGUCGUAUGCACGAAAGCCAGAAAUCCAGAAGAGGAACAGGCGGCGCUGUGCUUGCCAGGCGACAUGUGCCACUUCGGGCACGCGUGCCAUAGAUUCACCGUCACAGAUUUAGAUGUUUUGCGCUCUACCUAGAUCCAAAUAUAUGGGGUCAAGAAUACCAAAUGUGUGGAAAAAAAGAAAAGUAUUUAGAAAUGGUGCAUUGAGCCAAAUUUAUCUAAGAACUUUAUCCUUCUGCACCAAGCAGCAAGUAUUUGGAAUUAUCUUAACACAUAUGGACAGUAAUUGCUGUAAUCUUCACAUUGCUACAGUAAAGAGCAACUUUCUGUCUGUCUGGCAGUACAAAGAAAAAGAAAGUGCAGCAGAGGACAGAAAAAGAAUGCUUAGCAGAUAAAGAUGGGGUACCUAAACUGCUUGCUUGUAACUUUCACAUUCUCAUGUCCACAGAAAAUACAGUGUUUAUUCAGCUGUAAAUGGAAAAGUCCUGAAAAAUAAGUCUUCUACAGCCACAGGGGCCUUGAAAGCAAAGAAUUGCAUUAAUAAUUUGCAGAAGAACCUUUGAUGAAUAAACCAUGCUGGGAUUGCUCUCCAGCAGGGUUUUUCCCCCCCCUAGAACCGGUUCAAGAGUCACAUUUCUAGACAUUUACUUAGAAAUGUAUUGAAAAUCUAGAACUUUUAAAUUUGAUUCCCAGCCACAGAAGAAAAUUGAAAGUCUCUUGGACAAAGGGCGACUCAGAGUGAUUGCAGUAAGCCAUAGUUGGAUUGCUCCAACAACUAGAUAGCAAUUAAUCCUACCAGCUACUUGAUAUAUUCUGACUGCUGAGUUACACAAUCAGCAGAAUAUUUUAUGGAGCAACUUUUAUUAUAUAAGAUUACUAGUACAGCUACAAGAUAUUACAUAUUUCAAAUUCUUUUAUUUCACAGCACAAAACAAAACCACUAUCAGAACAUGCAAAGAAUUUGAAUGUUGAAAAUAAGUUUCAGCUUUCUUUCUUAACAUGUAAAAGCUAGUUGUGUUUCAUGUGGAGGAAUGCUGAAAUUGACUAUCCUUUACUUGCAGUCUGAGGCAGAAACAAUCCCAGGAACUGAUCAGGUGAACCUGUUCUUUGAAGAACAGAGCAGGUACUUUGCAUGCAGGAAGUCUCUGUUUGAGUUCAAGAUUAGCCAGUAAUAGAGCUAGGAAGGCAUUCUGCUGAGAGUUAGAGGGGAUGCUCGCAAGCCAUUGUUAAACUGAGCUAAGUAGACAGUGUAAUGCAGGGAUGUCAAACUCGAUCUCAUUGAGGGCCACAUCAGGGUUGUAUUUGAUCUCGGGUGGGCGUGGCCAG